AUGUGGUCUUUCUUUAGCCGAGAUCCCACCAAAGACUUUAAUUAUGACAUUGGGGAACCAGUGCCGGGAUUAGAAGGCAAAAGUAUUUGGACCCUCCACAAUGGGAAGAAAAGGGGAACUGGUGAAGCUGUCAGUAUUUUUAUGUUUGAUGUGAAAGCAGCAUCUGAAUCUCAGCUGACUGUAGCUAAAGGAGCUUUUAAGAGAAUCAAAACACUUCGACACCCAAACUUUCUCACAUUCUUAGAUGGCUUAGAGACUGAUAAAGUGUUAUAUGUAGUAACAGAGUGGGUUACACCAUUAGAAACAUAUUUACAGAAUGAUGAUGGAGAUAGUAAAAAUGGGCUGGCCAUUUCCUGGGGUCUUCAUCAAAUAAUAAAAGGAUUGUCAUUUUUAGUGAAUGAUUGUCACUUGAUCCAUAAUAAUGUUUGUUUGUCAUCAGUAUUUGUUGAUAGGGCUGGGGAAUGGAAACUAGGGGGAGUAGAGUACAUGUAUUCUACCCAGGGACCAGAUUCUUACCCCCCAGUUAAAAUAUUCCCAGCUUUAGAAAGAUAUGAUCCUCCUGAAAAAUCUGAAGCUAGAUCAAAACCUAAAGGUGCAGUUUGGUCUAGUGAUAUGUGGGGUUUAGGAUGUUUGAUUUGGGAGGCUUUUAAUGGAACUUUACCUAAAACAUCUUCUCUCAAAACAUUAGGAAAGAUACCUAAAAGCCUUGUACCAUGUUAUUGUGAAUUAGUAGGAGCAAAUCCUAAAACUCGUCCAAAUCCAGCUAAAAUGAUAGAAAACUGUCGAAAACCUGGUGGUUUUAUGAAGAAUCAGUUUGUUGAAAGUAUGUUAUUUUUAGAAGAAAUCCAGAUAAAAGACAGCUCUGAAAAGACUAAGUUUUUUACAAGUUUGACAUCAUCUAUUGACACCUUUCCCCCUAUGUUCUGUAAAUAUAAAAUCUUACCACAACUACUCAAUGCUUUUGAAUAUAGUAAUGCUGGAUCAUCUGUGCUCACACCACUGUUUAAGUUAGGUAAAAUGUUGGAUACAGAUGAAUACCAGAAGAAAAUCGUCCCAUGUGUUAUAAAGUUAUUUUCUGUACCAGACAGAUCUACUAGAGUUAAACUACUACAACAGGUUGAAUUGUUUGUAGAACAUCUUAGUACUGAUAUAGUUAAUAAUCAGAUCUAUCCUAAUAUAGCUACAGGUUUUAUGGACACUGUACCAAUGGUUAGAGAAUGUACCAUUAAGGCUAUGUUACAUCUAGCUAGUAAGUUAAACUAUAAAAAUUUAAAUGAAGAAUUGAUGAAACAGUUCGCUAGAUUACAGUCUAAGGAUGAUCAGGGUGGUAUAAGAACUAACACUACAGUAUGUUUAGGUAAAAUAGCCAUGUAUCUCAACCCAUCAAUAAGACAGAAGAUAUUGUGUUCAGCGUUUUUACGAGCGUUAAAAGAUCCAUUUCCUCCACAACGACAAGCUGGUAUACUAGCUAUGGCUGCUACCCAGAAUUUUUAUAAUUUAUCAGAGAUAGCUCAGAGAUUGUUACCUGCACUUUGUAGCAUGACUAUGGAUCCAGAGAAAGGUGUCAGAGAUCAGAGUUUUAAAGCUAUUAAGGGUUUCCUUGCCAAGUUAGAAAAAGUUUCUGAAAAUCCUGAAUUGUUGGAAGAAAUUGAACGAGAAGUGUUAACUGGGGGUAGUAACAAUAGUUCUGGUGGUUGGGCUGGCUGGGCGGUUACAGGCAUGACCUCAUUGACCUCUAAAAUAUACAGUAAAACUAAAGCUGGUAAUACUUCAGGUAAGAACUUGUCUUCUCCGAGGUCACGACAGGGUACACCAGUUAGAAAGACAACACCACCCAGGCAAACAGAAAGAAAGACAACUCCUCCCAAGACAGCUGUUUCUUCUAGUCAAUUUACUACAGAUAAUUGGAGUCAAAAUGAUAGUGGGUGGGGUGAUGGUGAUAAUUGGACUGAUGACAGCUGGGUCUCAGGAGGUACAUCUACAGACGAAGCAAAGAGGUUGCGCGAAGAAAAAAAGAAGCAGCGUCAACAAGAGCUACAAGAAAAACGUGAGGCAAGAAAAGGUGCAAUGAAACUAGGUGCAAAGAAAAUGCCUCAAUCCUAGCAAUAACUUAUAUUAUUUAUUUAUCAUUUGUUGAUUUUUCAUUAUCCAUUGUUUGCCAAAUUCGUAUCAGAGCUUUGUUCACUUCUAAUAAUAAUUUCUGUUUAGGGUAAAAAGUAUCUCCCCUUUGCUGCUUUGAUUAAAUCAUGGUCUGAAGGUUUUUUUUUUUAAAUGGCACUAAUUCCUUCUGAAAAUUGAUUUCACUGUUGAAGUUAUUGAUGAUCUUCUUUCAUCUUUUUCUGUACUCCACUUUUCUUUCUCUUUUUUUAAAUCCUCCAAAAUAUCACUUACCCCUCUAUUCAAGAUCCUUUGAUCCAUUCACCCCAAUAAAAGUGUAUCUCUCCCUGAAAAACUUUGACCCUCUUCUUCUUCUGAAGUGUCCUUAACAUUGCCACUUUAU